UGUGAUUGGUUAGUUUGUGGCGGGAAGAGUCGGUUUGAAGUGCAGGGCCGCUGCUGUUACCGGAGCUGCGGGUUAGUCAGACUGCGGCACCCACGAUGACUUUUAACUUUCAUAUUCCCUUGUCCUUUGGGGACCUUCUAAAAAGUGGCGGCAUUGGCCAAUAUGUAGUACAAGAGGUUCUACCCCUACGGCAGUUGGAUGUUCAGCUAAGUGCAUUUCAGAGUGCCCUCCGUGUCCAAGGCCCGCUGUGUAUCCUUCAGCAUUUUGAUGCUCUGUACAGCAUGCUACAUCAUUUCCGGUCACUGGAUACUGCACUGAAAGAGGAUUUCCUUGAGGUGAUGGUGAAAGCCACAUCUCGGCAUGCCAAUGAGCUCCCUGCUAUCCUUGAAGAUCUUGCAAUGCCUGCACCCCAGCGCAAUGCCCACCUCAACACCCUGAAGAUGAAUUGUUUCAUCCUUGCACAGCUUGUAGAGGCUUUUGAGGCAGAGACCUACAAAGCUGCUUUGGGGAGUGUGGAGCCUAGUGGGAAGGGUAAGAAGGGAAAGUCCAAAACAGAUGGAUUCAACUGGGAGUUAGAAAGAGAGCAGGUCCUGCAGACUUUCACUCACCUCCUGCAGCUUGAAAUCCGCCGUCUCUGGAGCAUGUCUCUGGUGGAGGAAGAGUUCGUCAGCAUGAUGACUGGCUGCUGCUACAAGAUGAUGGAAAACCCGACCAUAGGAAUGGCUAAAAACAAGCCAGUACGAGAUGUUCUAGGACACUUCCUUGGAGUAAUGGUGAAACGCUACAACCAUAUGCUCAGUGCUUGUGUGAAGGUGAUUCAGCUGCUGCAGCACUUUGAUCAUCUGGCUCCAGUUCUGGUUCAUGUUGUGAGUCUUUGGGCCACAGAAUACGGCAUGAAACCUAUAGUUGGGGAGAUAAUGAGGGAGAUUGGACAGAAAUGUUCACAGGACCUUUCGAGAGAGACGUCUGGAGUGAAGGCUCUCGCCGCCUUUUUAACAGAGCUGUCUGAAAGAAUUUCAGCUAUAAUGAUGCCAAGCAUCAGUGUUUUAUUGGACUAUUUGGAUGGUGAGAGUUAUGUGAUGAGGAAUGCCGUGUUGACUGUUAUGGGCGAGAUGGUUAUUCGCGUGCUGAGUGGGGAUCAGCUUGAGGAAGCAGAAAAAAACACACGAGAUCACUUUUUGGACACCUUGCAGGAGCAUAUCCAUGAUGUCCAUACAUUUGUUCGCAACUGCGUCCUCCAGAUCUACAACCGCAUUGUACAAGAAAAAGCUCUUCCCUUGACUCGUUUCCAGUCUGUGGUUGCAAUUGCUGUUGGCCGUCUCUUUGAUAAGUCUGUUUCUGUUUGUAAGAACGCAAUCCAGCUUCUGGCGUCAUUCCUAGCAAACAAUCCAUUCACGUGCAAGCUUGGCAGCGCUGAUCUGCAGGAGCCACUGCUUAAAGAGACCAAAAAGCUGAGUGAGUUGAAAGAACAAUUGAGCAAGAAACAAACAGUUGUGGUGAUAUCUCCUGAGGAGGAAUGGGAAGCCAUGUUGCCAGAGCUGAAAGAGGCUUUCCAGAUGUUUGUGCAAGAUGAGGAUAAAGAUGGCUACCAAGAUGAGGCUGAAACGCCUGAGGCUCUGCGUGAACAUAUCUUGCUGCUGUUACAAAAGACUAGUUACAAGAAUGCCAUUCGUUUAGUGCAGAGCGGUGCCUUGCGCUUUGAUGGUGAUCUGUUGUUUUCUGCAGGGAAGACCAUGGAGCAGGAUGCAGUACUGAGAAUCUUGGAACAUAUUUUUACAGAGAAGUCACUUGGUGAAAAACCCACCGCUAGUGAAGUUGCACCUGUAGCGGUGGAAGCCAAUGAAGAAGCUGAUACUGAGCUGUCUUCACAGGACUUGCGUAAACAGGAGAUGUUGGUUCAAUACUUAACUGAUGCCUACAGUUUCUCUCAGAAGAUUGAGGAGGCUAUUGAUGUGAUCAGCAAGAUGAUGUAUGAGACAGCUGUUUCUGUGGUGCAGGAAGUCAUUGAAUUCUUUGUCACUGUGUCACAGUUCGGAGUUUCUCAGGCAGUGCUUGGAGUACGACGAAUGCUGCCUCUUGUCUGGUCAAAAGAGCCUGGUGUACGUGAUGCUGUGAUAAAUGCUUACCGACGUCUGUACCUUACACCCAAAGGGGAGUCUGACCGGUUGAAUGCUCAAGAUUUGGUUCACAAUCUAUCCCUUCUCAUGGUGGAUUCCUCUGCAGGGUUGAUCAGUUGCCUGGAGGAGAUAGUCUAUGAAUUUAUGCAGAAAGGUGACCUCCGACCUUCUGUGACACAGCUGCUCUGGGAAAGGUUUACCCAGAAGUCUCCUUGUUCCCAAAUGGAGCGGAGAGCUGCAAUCAUGCUACUGGGCAUGAUGUCACGCGGGCAGCCAGAGAUUGUGGUCAGUAACUUGGAUACAAUGGUGACUGUGAGUUUGGGGGAUCGAGUUCAAGAAGAUUAUCAACUGGCACGGGAUGUCUGUAAUAGCAUCUUGAAGAUUACAGACAGCCACAAGCCAUCUCUGGGGAAGAGUAGCGCACCCUUCCGUCUCCCGAGGGAUCACUGUCUCUUUGAAAGUCUGACCGGGGCAAUCGCAGGAGGGAUUGGACGGUCUGACUCGCACUGGCUUCCGUUCAAGGAGACUGCGGUGAAGUUGGUGUAUGAACUUGCAGAAGAACCUGAUGAGAUCUGCGCAGAGAUCCUUCUGCAAUGUAGCCGCCAUGUUCUAGACCAGAUCACUUGUACCGGGGAAGGUUCAACCUUGCCUGCCUUUCUCCUUACCCACCUGCUGUCUCUGGCCGGGGAUGUUGUUUUUAACCACAUUGUCCAUUUGGAGCGAGCAGUUAGUGCAGAGCUAAGGCGAAGGAGAGUCUUCAAGGAGGAACAGGAGGCAGAGAAACUGGGACGUGGCAAGCAAAGGAAGAGCAAAGGUAAUGAUAGCACUAUGGAGGACGAACUUGGCCUGGCUGGUGCUUCGGCAGAUGAUAUUGAAGCAGAACUGAUCCGGAAGAUUUGUGACUCUGAGAUUCUUGAUGGGAAACAGUACCUCUCUGCCUUCCUACCCCUUGUGCUCCAGAUCUGCAGUAAUCCAGGGAAAUAUAGUGAUCCUGUUCUCUCUACCGUGGCUUCCCUGACUCUUGCAAAGUUUAUGAUGACCAGUUCAGAUUUCUGCGAUAGUCAUUUGCGAUUACUAUUCACUCUACUUGAGAAGUCUCCUCUGCCAAGAGUUCGUUCAAACAUCAUGAUUGCGCUUGGUGACCUCAGUAUCCGCUUCCCCAACCUCAUUGAACCCUGGACCCCACACCUCUAUGCCAGAUUGAGGGAUCCUUCUCGGGAUGUGCGGAAGACCUCUGGCCUUGUAAUGACACACCUCAUUCUGAAGGAUAUGGUGAAGGUUAAGGGACAAGUCAGUGAGAUGGCAGUGCUGCUUAUAGAUUCUGAUCAAGAGAUUGCUUCACUCUCCAGGAAUUUCUUUAAUGAGCUCUCAAACAAGGGGAAUGCCGUGUACAACCUUCUGCCUGAUAUUAUUAGUAGACUCUCUGAUCCAGACUGUGGAGUUGAGGAGGAAUCCUUUCACACUAUAAUGAAACAACUUCUCUCUUACAUCACAAAAGACAAGCAGACAGAGAGCCUAGUAGAGAAAAUGUGCCACCGGUUCCGUACAGCACAGACCGAGCGACAGUGGAGAGAUCUUGCGCACUGCCUUUCUCUCCUGCCUUUCACAGAGAAAGGACUGCGAAAGAUGCAGGAUUGUUUUGACUGUUAUGGGGACAAAUUAAGUGAUGAUGAUGUAUACAACUCCUUUAUAAACGCAGUGGCAAAGAUGCGUCGAGGAGCAAAGCCAGAACUUAAGACUCUGAUAGAGGAGUUUGAACAAAAGCUGCACAAGUGUCAUAAUAAAGGUCUGGAGAAUAUGGAGAGUGAGGAACCUCAAGAAGAAAAUGCAGAAGGCCAUCCUCCACAGCCUGCCAGAAAAAAUCCUCCUGCAAAGAGACAGCCGCUUUCCUCCAUCAACUCUGUACAGAAACCUAAAAAUGAAGAUGAUUUUCAGACGCCCAAGCAUUGUCCGCGCAGGAACCCUCGCAAGACUGUGGUUGUUACGUUCUCUAGUGAUGAGGAGUCUGAUAUGGAAGCCGAGCUGAGUGAUGCGGAGACCCCAAAAAACCCAACACCCAUUAGACGUACUUCUCGAUCACGUGCUAAGUGACCUGCGUUUAAUGCUUUUUAUGUUUUUUAAUGU